AAAACCACAACGACUGAGAAUCCACAAAGAGCUCAGAAAAAAAAUAGAAACAUGAAAUUCGCAAUUGUUCUAUUGGCCGCCAGCAUUGCCUGUGCCAGUGCCCAGUAUCCACCUGCUGUCCCUGCUGGAAAUCCCCUCACCGGAAAUCCCUUUGCCGCUGCCAAUCCCUAUGCCGCCGCCUUCAAUCCCUUCCUGAACGGAAUUUUCGGUGGUGCCGGCACUGGAGCUGCCGCUGGAGUUGCCGCUCCCGUUGGACCCUCGGCUCCCUUUGGAGGCGCCUCCAUUUCCAGCUUCUUCCAAUCGAUUGUCCUGCAGCGUGAGGCCGAACGCCUGCUGUCCCAGCCUGGUUUCCCUGCCGAUCUGGCCGAGCGUGUCCAGGAUGUGGUGGCUAACUCCGAGGAGGCGAUCAGCGGCUGCAACAACGCUACCUUGCCCUGGCUGCAGAUCCGCUGUGUGAAGCCCCUGCUGACCACAUCCAAGAACCAGCUGAAGGCCAUCGAUGAUGAGUGGCAGGCACGCUUGGCCGCCGCCUCCAGCACAGUGGCUCCUGCCUAAAAACGAUGCCAAUAGUAUCCAAUUUUCCUGCUCCCAGCUCCCUUAUUUAAUAACCCUUAAUCCUUAGCAAUCGACCAACAUAGAUGCAAUAAAAUUUAAAUAAGCUCAACGCAGGAA